UUCACACUGACACCAAGACAAGAGGCUAGCGGCCUACAAAUACCGUCUGGGUAACUGGUGUGAGUACAGAGGCAAUUGGGGGGGCUUGGCCCCCAAGAAAGAGGACCAGUCCUCCCCUCGCACCACCAUCAAGGUCCCAGGGGCUCGUUCUUCCCUCCGGAGACUGUGAACUGGUUUAGGGAAUUCCAAACGAUGACAGAAAAGGAGGUGCUGGAGUCCCCUAAGCCCUCCUUCCCAGCAGAGAUUCCGCAAAGUGGGUUACAGCGGCUGAAGCAGUUAUUCAGGAAGGGGUCUCCAGGGACAAAGGAGAUGGAGCUUCCCCCAGAGCCCCAGGCCAAUGGGGAGGCAGUGGGAGCUGGGGGUGGGCCCAUCUACUACAUCUAUGAGGAAGAGGAGGAGGAAGAAGAAGAGGAGGAGCCACCCCCAGAACCUCCUAAGCUUAUCAAUGACAAGCCCCACAAAUUCAAAGAUCACUUCUUCAAGAAGCCAAAGUUCUGUGAUGUCUGUGCCCGGAUGAUUGUGCUCAAUAACAAAUUUGGGCUCCGUUGUAAGAACUGCAAAACCAACAUCCAUGAACAUUGUCAGUCCUAUGUGGAAAUGCAGAGAUGCUUCGGCAAAAUUCCACCGGGUUUCCGUCGGGCCUAUAGCUCCCCACUCUACAGCAACCAGCAAUAUGCUUGUGUCCAAGAUCUCUCUGCUGCCAAUCGCAAUGAUCCUGUGUUUGAAACUCUGCGCACUGGGGUGAUCAUGGCAAACAAGGAACGGAAGAAGGGACAGGCAGAUAAAAAAAAUCCUCUAGCAGCCAUGAUGGAGGAGGAGCCAGAGUCCACCAGACCAGAGGAAGGCAAACCCCAGGAUGGUAACCCUGAAGGGAACAAGAAGGCUGAGAAGACACCUGAUGACAAACACAAGCAGCCUGGCUUCCAGCAGUCUCAUUACUUUGUGGCUCUCUAUCGGUUCAAAGCCCUGGAGAAGGACGAUCUGGAUUUUCCGCCAGGAGAGAAGAUCACAGUCAUUGAUGACUCCAAUGAGGAGUGGUGGCGAGGGAAAAUCGGGGAGAAGGUUGGAUUUUUCCCUCCAAACUUCAUCAUUCGAGUCCGGGCUGGAGAACGCGUGCACCGCGUAACGAGAUCUUUCGUGGGGAACCGCGAGAUUGGACAGAUCACUCUCAAGAAGGACCAGAUCGUGGUGCAGAAAGGAGACGAAGCCGGCGGCUAUGUCAAGGUCUACACCGGUCGCAAGGUGGGGCUGUUUCCCACCGACUUCCUGGAGGAGAUUUAGGCGUGCGGGCGCCUGCAGUCGGGAAGCACCCAUCCCCACUCUGGGCGGGCCCAGUGGAGGUGGGGGAGGAAAGGGACAAGAGUAACUGUACUGCUGGGGCGCGGGGUUUGGGAAGGCCCUCCAGAAAGUGCCCGGGGCUUCUGGGAAGGGACUGGUUCCCGCCUCCCUCCCCAUCCCUGGCCUAGGGCCUCAGAUACCUGGUGCCCAGAGCAGCCCGCAUCCGCAACUUCUCGGUGCAUCCGCAACUUCUCGGUGCAUCCGCAACUUCUCGGUCUAUCCUGCGAGAGAAUGCAUUUCCACUAAAGAGGCGCGGAGGGGUACCGCGGGGACGAAUUUAUUUGAAUGUUAUGAAUUUUUUUUUUUUUUUUGACCAACCAAGCGCGGUAGUGUGCGCCUGUAAUCCCAACGAAUCGCGAGGCUGAGGCAGAAGGAUCCCAAAUUGGAGGGCAGCCUCGACAAUUUAGUGAGA